AUGUCACCUGACGGUAGUCAUAUUGUUUGCUAUCAUCCAGAAAAAUUACAUCCAUACGAAUUUACAAAGCCAAUUGAUCGUAAUGAUCCAAGUAUGGCACAGAAUGAUUCUAUAUUCAAUAUGCAAGUUCAAACCGAUUAUAAUAAUCGUUAUUAUAAAAAAAAAUUAACGAAAAAAGAUUUUCGACUUGAAACAGAAAAACUUGCAAAAAUGUUUAAUGAACAUUAUGCGACAUUUCGAUUAACACCUCGAAAAGAUAAAAUCAAAAACUGUUCACAAUUUCCAACUCCACCACCUGAUCGUGCUGGCAUCUAG